ACUUCCACCAACCAAUCCCAAACUCGCAAGACUUACGAAACUAAGCUCCGGUUGUUGACUUCUUUGCAUCUCUUCAUUCCAGAACACCCAAAGGAGAUCAACAAUCCCCAAACUUUGAAAUUGAAUUGAACCCCAAAAACAAUGCCCCUUUUCUUUCUCCUUCUUCCCCUCUGACACACCCAAGGAACAACCCUCAAAAUUUGGUGUUAGAAAACUCAAAUGGUUCUUGUCCAAGCUUCCAGGAUCAAUCUCCCAACUCCUCCUUCUAAAACAACAGCUUCUCUUCUUUUUGAACCCCAUUCUUGUUCCCUUGCUCUUUUGCAUUCUGACUCUUCUCUCUCCCUUUUUCCUUCCAUUUCUUUCCCUUUCCCUCCCCAUAAAAAAUCCCUUACUAUUCCUCCUCCUUCAUCUUCCUCCAUUUUCCUUCUCCAAAAAACCCAACUAAAUCCUAACCCCAGAGUCCUUUUCAUUGUUGGAGGCCCUUACAAAGGUGGUUCGAAGGUUCUCCUUAGAUUUUUUCUUUUUAGGAAUGAUGACAGUAAGGUUUUUGAGAAGGCCAAAGUUGUUGUUUCCAAUCAAAAGGGUAUUGAAUUUGAUGAUAAAGUUGGGGUUCUAAUUGAUGUUAGUCAUGGUUUAAAAGUUAUGAUUGCUGGGUCUGUUAAUUUUUUCGCAUUCUAUUCGGCUUCGAGCUCGAAAGUUUGGGUCUUUGGGGUUAAAUUGGUGGGUAAUGAUGACGGUGAUGAUGGGGUGGUGGUUAAGUUGAUGAAAUGUGCUGUGAUUGAUUGUACGAAGCCUGUUUUCUCAAUGAGUGUAUCAUCUGAGUGCUUGGUUUUGGGGGAGGAAAAUGGGGUUAGAGUUUGGAAUUUAAGAGAAUUGGUGAAAGGGAAAAAGAUCAGGAGACUGAAGUAUUCUGCUCUGUCAAACUGGGUGAUUGGAGAUAGUGAUGGUUUUGGUGGUGGUGGAUCAAGUAGUUCAGGGAUUGUUUGUAAUGGCUAUUUAAAUGGGAAGAUUGAAAAACAUUGUGUUUCUGUGAAGCAGAGGUCUGGAAAAUACAGACAAGAAUCUGCUGAAGAGGGUGCAUGCUUUGUGGCAUUUGAGCAAAAGGAAGUUAAGGGCAUGAAAUCUAGAAAAGUGCUGUUUAUGUCCAUGAAGGCGAUUUCCAUCCAACCACUGUCCUCAAAGAAAUUCAUAAUCUUGAAUUCUAUAGGAGAUUUGUCUGUCUUGCAUGUAUUAAACACAGCUGUUGGAUCAAACAUUACCUGUCACAUGAGGCAAUUGCCACAUGUUCUGAAAGUGCAGAAGCUGGCUGUUCUUCCUGAUAUUUCCUCAAGAAGACAAACUGUUUGGAUAUCAGAUGGGCAUCAUUCUGUGCACAUGAUGGAUUUUACCUCUGCUGUUAAUGAAAAUGAUGAAAGGGAGAGUGAUGAAAAGCUAUUACGAAUGUCAGGUUUUGUUAAUCGUCAUAUUUCAUUACUUGAAAAUUUUGAAUUAUGUCAUAUAUACACUCUAACUUUUAUCAAACUUUGGAAAUACUGGUAUAUGCUUGGCAUUGUUUUGAUUUAUUUUGAGUUGGGGUCCUUCUGCAUUUUAUGUGAGCUCAGUGAAAGUUCUAUGAUUUGGAGAACCUGAUUCUUCAAUCAUUUUAUUACUGAUGUGUUUCUUAUGAUGGAUAUGUUCCCGUGCCCUUUUGAGGGUGUUGUAAAAUAUAAAUUUAACUUCUUAGUUUUAUAUUUUUCCCCUAACUUUUUGGCGAGGCGAUUUACCUUUUUCCUGUUUUAUUUGUUAGUUAGUCAAGCAAUUUUUUCUUGUGAAAAGAUCCAAGAUAUGAUACCCUUGGCUGCAAACAGUAUUAUGAUCCUUGGACGAGGUAAUCUUUUGUUUAUUCUUUCAUAGGUAUUCUAUCUGUGAAAUGCUCCUUGAAAUUAAAAAUUAACAGGAAGUGCUAGCCUAUAUGUUGAAUAUUUGCAUUUUCUUGGCAAACUGGAGAGGUAAUUGUAUGCGUUUGUAAUCUCUCUAUCAAGAUAAGAUAAACUGUUCUUGGUGUAAUAUGUGUGCGUGCCCACUUACUACUGUUGUGCCCUCCUCCCCCCUUCCUUUUCCUGUUUUUCUUUUUCUCAAGUUGCACUUGAGCAUAUAUUUUCCUCUCUGCAACAUUCUGUUUUGUGGUUUCUAAAUUUCUUGACUUCACCUCUCUGUACUGAGCAGGAAGCUUGUACACAUAUGCUAUUUCCUGAAGUAGUUUGGCAACUAUAUCUUUUUCUGCGGGCAUUUAUGUUCCAGGCUGCAUCAGAUGAUUAUACACCUCUCAGUUUAUUCCUGGACCAGUAUUUUUAUUAAUUGGCCAUCUUGCAUUCAGAGUACAAAGGUAUCUGAAGUCAGGAUCUGCAGUUGUCUCAUGUGUGCAUAAGACCUCAAGGACAUUGAGCUCCUGAAGAAUGCCAAUUUAGUUAAAGUGGAAAUGGGAAUGAAGUGUUGAUGAGAAUUAGUGAAGAAGAUAUAUUGCAAGAACCAUGGGAAAAGUCAGAUGCCUGUCAAUAGAGUUUUGGAUCCUGAUGUAGGAAUCUUUUCAACAACUCAAAGCCACAUCGACUGCACAUGCUGCAAGACUGAUUUGCAUCUGAAGUGUUGGUUGUUGGCCUUCCACAGUUUCAUCUUUGAAGCACACAAUUUAUUCCAUCUUACAUUGUCCAUUGGAGGACCAAGCCUGCAGUGAACCUAAGGUCACAAAUAUGCCAGCUAGUUUUUGAUUGUUUUUUAGACAUACUAUUUUGUCUCGUACAUCUUUCUAAGGUUAGUCGCUGUUUUCAACUUCUGACCAUUUAAAUUUGAAGGGGCGUGGUCCAUCCUGGGGAACAUUUGCUUGUGUUACAAUUGCUGUCAAUAAUGAAUGUUUUUGGCCUA